CCUUGAAUUGAAUCUUCUUUUGGCAAUAAAUUGGGUCGGCCGGAUCACGAACUAAAUACAAACAAUGAAAUAGUUGUCGGCAUCUACACACGUACUAUAUACAUGGAAACCAAUACAAAACCUUCCACUUCUCUUGAUUUUCUAUCAUACUGAAUUUUUUCGAGUACCAAGCUAGUCGUUCAACAUGGCUCUGCGAGGUCUGCUCAUCGUGUCGUUUCUGGCUUUGGCGCUGAACGCUGUCGUUUCAUAUGACCGACCACCGCCUCGCAAGGACGUUUUCGUGCCUUCUGCGGAUGAUGAUACAUAUCCAGAACAGGUACAUAUAUCAGUAAUUGGCGAAGACAAGAUGAGAAUUUCAUGGAUUACCCAGAACCCAAGUCCUGCAACUGUGCAGUAUGGUACAUCUCCAGGUGUUUAUGGCGAUUCCGCUACUGGGACUACAAGCUCUUACAAAUAUUUGCUCUACAAGUCGGGCCAAAUUCAUGAUGUAGUCAUUGGCCCAUUAAAGCCCAAUACGGUCUAUUACUAUCGUCUGGGCUCUAAACCUGUUCGCAACCUCAGCUUCAAAACUCCUCCGGCCCAAUUUCCAAUCACAUUCGCUGUUGCAGGUGAUCUUGGACAGACAGAUUGGACGAGAUCGACACUAGACCACAUAUCCAAAUCAAACUACGACAUGUUGUUACUACCCGGGGACUUAUCCUACGCAGACACACUCCAAACUCUCUGGGACUCCUACGGCCGCCUAGUCGACCCACUAGCGAGCCAGCGUCCAUGGAUGGUGACUCAAGGCAACCACGAAAUCGAAAAAAUCCCAAUCCUCCACACCACUUCCUUCACUUCCUACAACUCCAGAUGGCGCAUGCCUUUCGAACAAAGCGGCUCCAAUUCGAACCUCUAUUACUCCUUCAAUGUCGCUGGUGUCCAUGUCAUAAUGUUGGGGUCCUACACAGACUUUGAUCCUACGUCGUCGCAGUAUAAUUGGCUACAAUCGGAUAUCGGGAAAAUAGAUAGGAAUCAGACUCCAUGGAUCGUAGUGCUAAUCCACGCACCGUGGUACAAUUCUAAUACUGCUCAUCAGGGCGAGUCUGAAUCGGUGGAUAUGAAGAAGUAUAUGGAAUCAUUGCUUUAUGAGGCUCGUGUUGACGUUGUUUUUGCUGGCCAUGUGCACGCAUACGAGCGCUUUACACGCGUUUACCAGGACAAAGCCAACAAUUGCGGUCCAGCGCACAUAACGAUUGGGGAUGGUGGUAACCGUGAAGGCCUUGCUAGGAAAUAUAUAGAUCCAGAACCUGCAAUAUCGUUGUUCAGGGAGGCAAGCUUUGGGCAUGGGCAGUUGCUGGUGGUGAAUGCAACACAUGCACAAUGGACAUGGCAGAGGAAUGAUGAUGACACCUCAACUCCAAGUGAUACGGUCUGGUUGAGAAGCCUCUCAUCUGAUCCAGCUUGUAAAGCUUAAUCAGAAUUCAAUCGCAGUGUCUUUCAACCUAAUGAGAAGUAAAAGGAGAGAAGGAAGUGUGGUAAAUAUGUAGAAACAGACCAGAUCAGCAAAAUUGAAUCAAAAAAUUAAGCACAUUUGGAGAUUUUUAUUAAA